AUGAACGAAGCCACCACACUCGCUCAGUACGAGGAAUGUACAAUCGCUCUAGACCAGCUACAAGGACAUGAGCAAUGGAAAGCAGUCAAAGAAUCCGUCGAACCUGGCUACAAUCCUGAUGUUAUCGAAACACAAAAAGACAUGCUGCAAAAGGCGGUGGCUUCCUCAGAUCUAAGUUCUAUGCAGCACAUCCUGAGGACUGGCCUGAGUCGAGACUUGGGAGGCAUGAACAUGUUAAGAUUAUACAAGCACUCUUGGUUUGGCACGAAAUUCCUCAUAGACGACUACACCAACACCGUUCUGGAAGCGAUCGAGAAGUUUGCUGAUACCACUAUUCGCUACAACGUUCCCACGGCAGAGGUUCGCUUUUAUCAGGAAUCGUUAGAAGAUGCGCUCAAAUUCUUUGGACGGUCAGCCUUGACGUUAUCAGGUGGAGCGCUACUUGGAAUGAAACAUAUCGGGGUGGUCAAGACACUGUGGGAAGCAGAUCUACUCCCCGAAGUCAUCUCCGGCGCUUCGGCAGGAAGCAUUGUGGCAGGUAUCGUGGGAAGUGCGACAGAUGAGCGUAUACCCGAGAUCCUGGAAUAUUUUCCAAAUUCCGACUUGGCUUGCUUUGAUCCACCAGGAACCGGAAAGAUUGGCUGGCUUCUUCAGCGAGUGACCACCUACGCUCGUACUGGCGCCUUCUUUGAGAUUGCAAAUUUGAAGAGGGUCAUGAAGUCAUGGCUGGGCGACAUCACCUUCCGAGAAGCACAUUACAAGACGGGUCGGAUCCUCAACAUCUGUGUCUCCAGUGCCGAUAGCGCGGAACCACGACUAUUAAACUAUGUAACAACACCAGAUGUUUAUAUCUGGUCGGCGGUUUGUGCUUCGUGCGCGGUACCCACCGUUUUCUCUCCAGCCAACAUCUACGAGAAGGAUCCCAUCACAAAGCAAGAAAAGCUGUGGAUGCAAAAUGCUCAACAGACGUUUGUGGACGGCUCGCUCGACCAUGACAUUCCCAUGAGGAAGCUGUCAGAAAUGUUCAACGUCAACUUCUUCAUUGUUUCGCAAGUCAAUCCCCAUGUGCGGGCAUUUCUUGAGCCCGAAGAAGACUUUCAAGGGCAGCAGCCAAUUGCCCCUAUGCCUCAUCGAGGUCCUCUUCAGACCGCGAAACAUCUCAUACGACAUGAGAUCAUAUACCGAGCACAACAAAUGGCCGAUUUGGGAUUUCCACAAAACUCAUAUCGGUGGGCUUCUAUAUUCAACCAACAGUAUACGGGCGACAUCAACAUCCUACCCGAGGUCAAGUCCAGCGAAUAUCUCCACAUGAUGAUGAACCCCACAUCCGAGUUUCUGGUCGAAGCCACGGCUGCCGGAGAGAGGGCAACGUGGCCUCGCAUGUGCCGAAUCAAGAAUUGGCAAAUUUCGGACCAGAGGCUCGAGCAGCUCGAGAAACCAAAAGAUCAAGCAGCAGAGGACGUUCACAGCGCGGUCGAUCUGCGCGUCCAACAUUCCUUCGACAACGCAGUCUGA